AUGAAUACCGACCACAGCAUCCAAGGGUCGUUGCGCCCUUCCCAUUCGCAGCGGAGGAUGAAUGUACAGUCUCCCCGGGCAACGAACCAGCGAAAUCUCGGUAUUGGUUCCUCCUCAAACAAUGAAAAAGUCGACGUUGGCGCGAAAAUCUCUGUUGUGAAUACUCGCGUCAAAGCCAAUGAUUCGUUGGCUGUCCCCUUCCCUACUUCUUCUUUGGUCGACAUUGUGCAUAAGCCACACAAUUCCGAGACCGUUGUAGAGUGCCGCGGUGGUCUCACUGAUAAAAAACCUGACUCGCAGAAUGCCUACAGUGAACGCCAAGCGAUGACGAACGAUGAAUACCACGCCCAAUCCAGUCAACGCAGCCCGGCUGCUAUUCCAGCACAUCAGAGUAUCGCGGGUACGCACACAGCUGAAAAUUCGGUUUCCAAGCAUCCGGGGUUGAAUCAUCUUGCUCCUUAUUCCGCCGUCCCCGCUCCCACUCCUCCGGCAACGCCAACUCGUCCAGCUACGGGCCUGUUCCGUCCGCACGCACGUGGCAAACAGUUCACUCCUGAUGGCUUGCGUAUCUUACACGCACAAAAUGGCACGCCAACGAAAGUAUGCAGUCCUCGCGGUGGCUUUCAAUUCAAGCCCGAUGAGCGCGCGGAUCGUUGCAUUACGCGUGCUAGCCGUGCGCUCUAUCUCAAGCAAGUACAAGAGGAACGCCCGAUGAUAGAGUCAUCGACCCCACAAAGUUCCCAACAUGUCUUCGAGCCGCCAUCUUCCCAAACGAUCGAUUCCGUUUCGAACGAGAUGAAAGCAUCCGCGCUUUGCACCGGUAUAGCAUCCUCGAUCACUGCCGAAGCCCGGAUCGAAAAACCAGCGUCAAAUUUUGAUCAAAUAUGUCCACUGGUAAAUUCGGCUUCAUCAAAUUCUGUGAUGAACAAGAUGCCUGGUGCUGGUAUUUUGUCAUCUGAUUCGCUGGUCAACUCAUCCCCAUGGUGCUUUGUCUCUGCUAAGUCGGGAAUCAAUUCUUCUCAGAACGAGCCCAAAGCCAAGCCAAGCAAUCCAUUCUGGAGUACAGCUCCCUUUUGUGGGUUUCCCAAUCCACAGGAAAUGAGCCGUUAUCGCAUUACUACGAUGGCGGACGAUCAGUUCCGUUCUGGAAACGCUGCUUUUCCAAUCGAAUUUGGAUGUGAUCGACAAGAUCUCGUUUCCACCACCAAGGCGGAACCAUCUGCUUCCCUGGAGAAAAAGGGGUGCAAACGUAAGCGUCAGGUCAUGUCGCCUAAGAAAACAGUCUCGGUCAAGACCGGCAAAUCUGACGCUGUAUACGUGCGACACACGAAUAUGGACGUUCUCCUAGGUCGUGGCGGCACUACCAACGUUCACGUCGGAAAUCAGCGCUUUUUGUCGGCUCGCGAUGUGACACGCCCGCGCUACCAACGUAUGAAGAGGACCGACAAGGCGCUCGUUGCUCAGGAGUUGGUCGACACGGUGCACGCUUGGGGAGGUCGGUUCCUAAAAAAAGCGAGGGCACAGCAAUCCGAUUUGUGGGUCGAAGUCGACAUUGCUUCGGCUAGGAGAAAGGCGUCUCAAGCUCUUCGUGAAAAGAUCCUUGAAAAGAUCACUAUAACACAACGCAAACCACAGCAAGAAAAUACUUGA